AUGUCAAGCCCUGUCAAGCCUGAGUUGGAGGGUGCCUCAAGCCCUUCGAAGGUGGCUGGUGUUGAAGACAAGCACCAAAGUGAUGUUGUCCAUGCCGAUACACCUAUGCUUGGUCAAGAUGUGUCCGGGGUCAAUGUCCUGUCUCGAGAGGGUAAUGCUCCGGACUUGAUCCAGUCCAAGCAACGUAUGACGGACCUGACCCCAUCGAUGCUCGCACCUGGCCUUCGAAACGUCCCCACCAGCGAACAACCAUCCGGCUCCAAUGCUCCGUCUACCAUGGCCGAGGGUGGUCCUUCUGUUGACCCUAUCCAGGACCGAGUCAACAAAUUCAUGGACUCGAUGGCCACCAUGAUCUUCGAACGGGCGAAGCGUAAGGCAGAUGCGGCCUUUGGCUCUGGCAAUGAACAAGAAACCGGCAACCUCGAAGUUUUCCCGACCCGCAUGGACGAGUCCCCGGAUGUUUGCUCUGCUGCCUUGGACAUCAUGUCCAAAGUCACUCAACCAGUUCAGGGCUCGGGCGAUAAAAGUAUCGAUGCUUCGGGACCCGGAAUCGCCCAUGGUCACUCCUCUCAGCUGGAAAAUCCUGGAUCCUGGAAGCUGGCGCAUCGUCCGAAGCGCCAAUCAAUCUCGGCAAGCAAGUUGUCUCCCUUGGCACAGCAAACCAGCAUGAGAAAGGAUACUCCUCGAGCUGCCCCAACUACAAGCAUCAGGGAGACAGGUCCGACUUCAAGCCAUGCCGACCACGCCUCUUCCAAGCCUCGAGAUGGUCCAAACCCGCGAGCCGUCCCGCAAAUCAUGAUGGGGGAUCACAUCCUGACCAACCAUGAUCAGCCCACACUUGGUUCCAUCAGGGCCGAUGGUCUCACAUAUGGUGAGGUUUUGUUCAUCUUCAACACUUUCGGUGUCGUGGCUCGCCUGUUUCCUCGUUUCCAUUUCAAGUGGGCCAGCGACGAUCGCCAGAAGGUUGGAGUUCGCCUGCAGCUCUAUGGCCACACGGUCUAUGCUGCCCCGGAAAACACGCCCAUUGAUGCGGCUGUUGUGGCUUGUCGGCAGGCUCUGAGAGAACUUUCCCGGGAGCACCCCCAGUGGCUCCUACCUCCAAAGCCUUCGCAAGGGCUGGGCGAGCCUCACUGGAACUGGAAGCAGAUCCUGGAAGACUUUGCCGACCAAGCUGGCUGGGAGAAGCCUACUUACGCCAACCGCGAUGGGAGCAGCGGACAACGCUCCCUCGUAACGGUCACUGUGCAUGGUCAAAAGUAUUGGCCUGCCAAAUGGACCGAGGACAGCGACAAGUCAGGCAUGAUGGCCGCACACCAGGCAAUCUACCAGCUCUUGACCCAGGACAGAAUCAACCGGAAAUUGAUCCUUCCGGCAGAUUCCCAGCUGGUGAAGAUUCCCCUCGUUGGUCCCUCCCAUGAUCCGGCUCGCCAUUUUGGCCCCCAGGCCCCCCGGCGCCAGGAUAGCCCUUGCGGUGUGCCGUCCCGACACCUGGCAAGACCGAGGUGA